AUGGAAUUCUUUGCUGAGUGGCUAAAGCGGAAGGGUGUGGAGCGAAUCCUUACUCUUCAAGUGCAAGAAGACAGUCAAGACCCUCACAGUGAUGAAUCUAUUCAGAUUGUGCUACGCCACUUCACUGUUGAACACCUUGACUGGCAAAAACCUGAUCUCGACCCGUUGAUCAUGUGUGAAAGAGCCGACAUUGGUAACGUUGAUCAAGAUACGUGGAAGCUUGAUAGUGCCAAUACCUUGAUCAAGCCAAGAAAGGACUUGAGACAGUUAACACUGAAGUGGAGUGGUAGCAAUGCUGCGCUCAGAGCAUGGAGCGAGCCUGCGGGCUUACCACAGAUGUUGGAACUCAGAAAGAUUGAUAUUCAUAUCCCGGCCGUUUUAGAGCUGCCGGAUCAUCGUGACUGGAUAAAGCGAAACUUGGAUCUGUUCCAAGUUCGUCUCAACCAGAGCUACAGGACGAACCAUCCACUCAAGAAACCAGACGGCCAAUCGAAAGAGCUGAACCAACCUGACCAUCGCGGUAUCACAGUGAUUGAAAGCUGGGAUGAUAGAAAGUUCGAAAACGCAACAGCCCGCAAAGUCGUGCCCAAGUCGACGGGUAUGCCUGAUGCCGCCGACGAGCAUGAGUGGAUCAACCAGAUGGAGAAGUUCUCAAGACCAAUGAGGGAACUUUGGGAAGAAACCUUGAAAGAAUCCAUCAAUCCUCUGAGUUCAUCUCCAGAGGAAGCAAGACUUCUUUCCAACGCUGAUAGUAAGAUCCUGUCUACCCUUCGAAAGGAUGUUGUAGUAGCACUCAUCGAUGAUGGAGUCGAUACGCUUGAUCCGGCUUUCUCCAACCAAUUUGUUGAAGGAAAGACGUUUGACUACCAAGGUGAUGAUGGCGUGGGACAGUACUAUGUCUCAGCGAACGGUCAUGGGACGGACAUGGCCAGGAUGAUCUUAAAGGUCUGUCCCAUGGCGAAGAUCUACUCGAUCAAGUUAAAGACACAGCCCAGCAAAGGCGGACAACAUUUGACUAUUGACGAAUCAUCAAUUUCCCCUGCAAUUGAAGCUGCAUUGGAGAAGAACGCAGAUGUCAUCUCAAUGUCGUGGACAAUUCCUAUCCCCGUGACAGGGAGUGACAACCAGAAACGAAUUGACAAUGUGCUAAAGUUGGCAUGUUCGAAAGACGUCCUCAUGUUUUGCUCCUCACCAGACCAAAGAACUCAGACCAAGCAUUAUCCUUCUCAUUACAACCGUGAGAAGAUAUUUUUGAUUGGAGCCGCCGACGAUAGCGGCACGGCUUUUAACCAUUCCGGACUAGACAACGACUUUAUCUUCCCUGGAGUCAACGUCAACACGGGCAAUAAUCUCGGCAGAUAUCACUCAAAUGACUCAACAUCACCCGUUCAAAUGGCCACAGGCUCCAGCAUCGCCACUGCUCUAGCAGCUGGGCUAGCAGCCAUGGUGACAUACUGUUUCAAGACAAGUGCACUCGCGGCUGUCACGACGAGAAUCGCUCAAGGAAGGCCCCCUGCUGCGAGCGGCACUGAGCUUAUUAAACCGCAAGACGUAGGCAGGAUCGCGCACCAUGAUGGGUUAAAGAAGGUUUUUGAUAGGAUUGGCACAAUGGACGGUGGAAAGUUCAUUGCGGUUUGGCGCAUAUUCAGACCUGCUACUGAAUGCUUGACUGAUGGGAAGAUGACUUAUGAGCAAAAGGUUACUCAUAUAAUGGAGCUUUGCAGGGAUUUGAUGGACCGCAUGGAUCGAUAA